AUGUCGUUUGAGCCCAGGAUUCGCUCCUUUGUAACGGCAGAUCCCGGUCUGCCACAUCCCAACCCUACAACAGCCUACUGGCAGCUGCCCAUUCACGACACGGUUGGAAAGAUACAGUCUCCCGUUCUUCCUGCCGAGACCGACAUUCUUGUUAUCGGUUCGGGUGUCACCAAGGCCCUAUUGGAAGACUCGUCAUCUUUUCCCGGCGCUCACGUCACUGUGCUUGAAGCCAGAACUCUGGUUUCUGGAGCUACAGGACGAAACGGUGGUCACUGUGUAUCCGCUGCGGGCCACAAGUUCUCAACCUGGGUGGCCGACUAUGGCGUGGAAGCAGCGAAGGACAUGGCCCGUUUCAGCCUGAAGAAUAUGGAGCGUGUGCAGGAGCUCGGCUCCGGUAUGUCAGCCAAGGUCCGCGAAAGAAGCGAGGUCCGGAGGGUCCAAAAGCUCUGUGUGUCCAACGACAAGGCCCUGUGGAAGCACUGCGCGGAGUCCGUGGCCAUGUUUGCCCGGGAGCUGCCGGAGCACAAGGACCACAACCGUAUCGUAGGCAAGGCCGAGCUCGAAGAGGAGUGGGGCCUCGUGGACGUCGUCGGCGGCUAUGCCCAGCCGGCCGGUGCGCUUUGGCCUUACCGUCUCUGCACCGAGAUCUUCGCUCAGCUGUUGGAGACGCAUUCCGGGCGUCUUGCCAUCGAGACCAUGACGCCGGCCACGUCCGUGAUGGACAACGGGGACGAUACCAGCCCCGGCUCCCAUCGCUACACCGUCUUUACACCGCGUGGGCCGAUCAAGGCCCGAUGCGUCGUGUACUGUACUAAUGCAUACUCAGGGCAUCUCCUCCCCCUCCUUCGCGGCAAGAUCUAUCCCUUCCGCGGACACAUGUCCACGCAGGCUGUUCCGGAGCGCUUCCCCUCCUGGGGUGCAAGUCGCACCUGGAGCCUCCUGCAGCCGCCGCAGGUCGACCUUGACAGCGGCAUGUACCACCACGGUCUCUACUAUCUGCAGCAGAACGCGAUCACAAAGGACAUCUUCGUCGGUGUGGAAAACCAGCGGAUGGACGAAUGUCUGUGCUCGGACGACUCGUUUGUGAGUGCAGCAUCGCUCCAGGAUCUUCCCACCAUUCUGCCACGGAUGUUCCGCGCCGUGCAUGAGGAGAGCAAGUCGGCAGAAAAGGGGUUCGAUAUGCCCAGGCUCAAGGCUAUCUGGUCUGGUGUCAUGGGCAUGACUGCCGAUGGGCUCCCCCUGGUCGGAAACCUUCCUGUCAGUGCAACGGGUCGGACAUCCCCGGGGGGGCAGGAAUGGAUCGCGGCCGGCUUCCAGGGCUACGGCAUGGACAAGUGCUGGCUCACAGGCGAGGCCCUUGUGGCCAUGAUGGCAGGAAGAGACGUCAGUUCCUGGUUUCCUUCUGCCUAUCUUAUCACGGAGGAGAGGUUGGCGAAACGGCUGGAUAUUAACAAUGUAACUGACGAGUACGUCCAAAUGGAGAAAAACACUCGCAAGGAUGGAGACCCAUCUGCGGACCGCUUUGCACAUAUCUAG